GCAUGUUGUCCACAAUGCGAUGCCUUCCCCGUAGGCCUUGGAGCCAUGGGACGCGUAGUGUGUCCAUGGUGGCUCGGCACUUUGCAAAGCGCAAGUCGCUGUAUCCCUUCAUGGCCAAAGCUGCCACCGUCUUUGAUUUCGGCCUCUCUGCAGCUGAAGAAGAGCGAGCUGCUGAGCUACACACGACCUGUCGGGUAUACGAUGGGUUGAUGGAGUGCUCAUGGUAUCCAGGGCUUGUUGAAAACCUGUUGGCGGGUGGUCCACAGGUUGGUGGUAGUCUUUCUCUUGGCAACGCUGGUUUGGAGCGAUUCCUGGGUGAAAAGGAACACAUGGAAACGGAACCAGCGAAGUGGUGGACUUAUGAAACACUCGUGCGAGACCUUGCAUAUGUGCGUGCAGCGUGUCAUGAAAGUGCUGGCUGGCAAGGUCCGUUUCUGCACCUCAGCUGCAGAACUGGAGGCCGCCUACUCGGCUGGUGCCGUGGCUUUGACUGCUGACGUACAGAAUUCCAAUUUCAUCGGUCCCGACUUCGACCGUUUGGAGACGGCGUACUGGUUGGGAUUGCGACGAGUUCAAGUCACGUACAAUGAUGCGAAUGCCGCUGGCCAUGGCUGCAUGGAAGACUUCGAUGGCGGCCUGACAAAGUGGGGCCAAAGGUUAGUAGGUGCCAUGAACGAUCUGGGGAUGAUUGUUGAUACUGGGCAUUGCAAGCCACAAACGGUCAUCGAUGCCGCCAAAGCCUCCAGGAAACCCAUGACCUGUUCGCAUGCUGGUUUGUCAUCCAUUUGUCCGGCAAAUCCCCGCACACAGACAGAUGAAGCCAUCAAAGCUGUGGCGAAAACAGGUGGUGUCUUCGGGUUGGUAGCCGCCCCUUCGGCUGUGAACAAUACCGAUUGGUGCACAGUGGCUGAUUUAGUAAACAACAUCGAUGCCGCAGUGAAGGUCGUGGGUGAAGACCAUGUGGGUUUCGGCUCGGAUUUUGUCAUGUCAGCUUCACUGGAAGAGAUUCUAAGAGCUCCAGAGUGGAGUGCAGAUAGGGCUGCAGCGGUCAACACCAGUGGUGCAGUGUGGCCCUUCUCUGAUGGCCACUCGGGCUUUGAGAACAAUGGCGGCUACCGAAAUUUGACCAGGGGUUUGGUGGCCAAGGGCUACUCGGAUGAAACCAUUCGGAAGAUCAUGGGCGGCAACUUCCUACGCGUUUUCAAAGAGGUCGUCGGCUGAUGACGGGGGCUCUAAGUUCUACCAGUGGAACCAAGAACCUAUGAAAUCGUAGGGUCUGAGAGAAAACCCGGGGUUUUGCAUCAAAACCCGGGGUUUUGAAAAGCCAUGUGUUUCAUCAUGUUUGAAUUUCCAUGAUCUGUCAUGAUCUUUCCCGUUUUGUGAUCAUUCUGUUUGAAAUCCUG